AUGUCUAGAUCUGCAAAGCUCAAGCAGUUAAGUAAAUUGAAAAGAGCAAGACAACAAGGUGGUAGAAUUAUAGAUUCAGAUUCAGAUGAUGGUAAUAAUAAUAAUGGUUUUAAUGAAAUUUAUGAUGAAAUUGAUGAAGAAACUUAUAGAGCUCAAAAAAGAGAUCAAUUAAUGAAUGAUGAUUUUAUAGUAGAUGAUAAUGGUGAAGGAUAUGUUGAUAAUGGUGCAGAUGAAUGGGAUAAUGCGUCAAGACCAAAAUAUUACUCAGAUGAAGAUGAAGAUGAAGAAAUAACUACAUUCAAUAAACGAAGAAAAGGAAAGAAUCAAAAUCAAAAACCUAUAAAAAUUACUAAAACUUCACAAAUUAAUAAUUUUUUCAGACCUGGUAGAGGAUUAAAUAAAAUUGAAAAGAAAAUAGAGCAAAAUAUAGAUGAUAUUCUAGAUGAUUUUGAGGAUAAUGCACCUAAACGAAGUAUACCGAGAGCAUUUGCUACUAAUAAAUCUAAAGAUAACUCAAACACUACCAAAUCGAAAUCAAAAUUCAAUUUUUUAAGUAUACCUAAAAAAUCAACACCAAAGCUUAAUACAUUCAAUGCUUCAUCUGAUUAUACUAUGGAUUUUGAUGAUUCUGAUACUAUCCAACAACAGCCUUCAUCACCAAUCAAAUUAUUUAGUGAUGAUAAUCAAAAAGAAAAUAUUGAUCCUGUGGUUUCAUCACCUAUAAAAUCAAAAAAACAGAAAACACCAGAAGAAGAUGAUGAUGUUGUACUUCAAAAAAUUGAACCUAUAAAUAAUGAUGAGGAGGAUUCUGAAGAUGAUAUUAUUAUUUCAAAAAGACCUAGAGCAACAGCAGCCAAAAAGAAUGGUAAUAAUAAAACUAUCACAUCAAUUAAAGCUGAUCAAUCAAUUUCUGCUGCACCAACUUAUAAAUCAUUUCAAAAGGAAACCGAAAAAUUAUCGGUUGAGUCAGUUACUGAUGAAUCUAAUACAUUUAAAUUCUUUUGGCUUGAUUAUGCAGAUGUGGAAAAUUCUUUAUUAUUGUUUGGUAAAAUUUUGACUAAAGAUGGUAAUUUAGCAUCUGGAAUGGUUCAAGUCAAUGGUUUAUGUCGAGAAUUUUACUUUUUACCAAGAAAAUAUCGGGUUGUAGAUGGUGAAGAAGAUCAAUCUGAAGAAAUUACACCAAAUGAUGUUUUAGAUGAAAUAAGCCCAAUUUUUACAAACAAUUAUAACUUGGACCAAAUCAAAGCAAGAGCAGAAACUAAAAAAUAUGCAUUUGAAUUAGCUCAUAUACCCAAAGAAGCCGAAUAUUUAAAAGUUUUAGUUCCAUUUAAUAAUAAAACAAAUACUCAAAUGCUUCCUGCUGAUACUGAAGGUGAAACUUUUAGACAUAUAUUUGGAACAAAUACAAAUUUAUUUGAAGCUUUUGUUACUCAAAGAAAUAUUAUGGGUCCAUGUUGGUUAGAAGUUAAAGGUGGUGAUUUUGAUAAAAUUACAAAUACAGCUCAUUGUCAAAUUGAGGUUUCAUUAGAUAAACCUGAGCAAAUCAAAGUAAUUGAAGAUGAUAUUCCAUCAUUACCAAAUUUAACUGUAACUUCAAUUUCAGUUCAGACUGUUAUGAAUACCCACGAUAAACAAGAAGUUGUUUCUGUUUCAUUAGCUACUUAUCACAAUUUAUCACAAGAUGCACCAAUCCCAGAAACUUUAAAACCUGAUGAUAUCUUGACAUUGGUUAGACCUGUCAAUACUGUCUCAUUUCCCCCAGGGUUACAACAACAAGCAAAUAAAGAAGGAUUUAAUUUAAGAACUUGUCCAAAUGAAAAGUCAUUACUUGGUGCAUUAGCAGCGAAGAUUAAAACAAUAGAUCCUGAUGUUUUUAUUGGACAUAAAAUGGAAAAUAUCUCAUUAGAUGUAUUAGUGCACAGAAUGUAUGAAUUAAAUAUUCCAACUUGGUCUGCACUUGGUCGUAGAAAUAGAAAAAGAUGGCCAUCUAUGAUUAAUAAGGGUAGUUCAAGUUAUAAUAAUAGUUUAUUAAUUAGAGAAGUUUUCCAAGGUAGAUUAUUAUGUGAUAUUGCAAAUGAAUUAGGUCAAUCAUUAACUAUGAAAUGUCAAUCAUGGGAGUUACCCGAAAUGUUAGAUGUCGUAUGUCAUAAAAAACAUAAUGCAAUGGAAAUUAAUUAUAAAAAUGGUCAAUAUGCUGAAGAUGCUACUUUAUUUUUAAUGGCAUUGAAAGAAAAUGAAUUCAAUACUAAAAUUGCUGCUGAAAUUGCAUUCGCAAUACAAAUAUUAUCAUUAUCGAAACAAUUAACCAAUAUUGCUGGUAACGCCUGGUCUCAUACUUUAGGUGGUACAAGAGCAGGUAGAAAUGAGUAUAUUUUAUUGCAUGAAUUCAAAAGAAAUGGUUAUAUUGUACCCGAUAAAGAAGAUAGAAAUCAUAGAAAUACUUCAUACCAGCAACAAGCUAAAUUGGAAAAUACUGAAGAGGAUUCAACAACUCAAACAUCAAAUAAAAAACCAAAAUAUCAAGGUGGUUUAGUUUUUGAACCUGAGAAGGGAUUGCAUAAAAAUUAUGUAUUGGUUAUGGAUUUCAAUUCUUUAUAUCCAAGUAUUAUUCAAGAAUUUAAUAUUUGUUUUACAACUGUUGAUAGAGAUAGAUUUAAUGUUAGUCAUGAUGAAGAUAAAGAUAUGCCAAUAAUUCCAGAAAAAGAUUCAUAUCCAGGUGUCUUACCAAGAUUAUUAAAUACAUUAGUUUCAAGACGUAGGGAAGUUAAAAAGUUAUUGAAGGAUCCUAAAAAUACUCCGUAUCAAAAAGCUCAAUAUGAUAUAAAACAACAAGCCUUGAAAUUAACAGCAAAUUCCAUGUAUGGUUGUUUAGGUUAUGUUCAAUCAAGAUUUUAUGCUAAACCAUUAGCCAUGUUAGUUACAAAUAAAGGUAGAGAAAUUUUAAUGGAUACCAGACAAUUGGCAGAAUCAUCUAAUUUAAGAGUUGUUUAUGGUGAUACCGAUUCUGUUAUGAUUGAUACCGGUGCUGAUAAUUUUAAAGAUGCAAUUAAGAUUGGUGAUCAAUUUAAAAUUCAAGUUAAUGAACGAUAUAGAUUAUUGGAAAUUGAUAUUGAUAAUGUUUUUAAAAGAUUAUUAUUACAUGCUAAAAAGAAAUACGCAGCUAUGAAUGCAUCAGUUGAUAAAUCAGGUAAUGAAACAUCUACAUUAGAAGUCAAAGGUCUAGAUAUGAGAAGAAGAGAAUAUUGUCAACUUUCAAAAGACAUUUCAACAUUUGUAUUAACUAAAAUUUUAUCAGAUUUAGAUCCCGAACAAGCAUUAAUUGAAAUUUAUGAAUAUCUUGAAGAGAUGAAAAAUAAAAUAAAUUCAAAUGAAAUUUCAGUCGAUAAAUAUAAAAUCAAUACCAAACUUUCAAAAGAUCCAAAAUCUUAUCCAAAUGGUAGAACAAUGCCACAAGUUCAAGUAGCUUUCAGAUUAAGAGCUGCAGGUAAAGUUAUAAAAAGUGGAAGUGUUAUUACAUAUGUUAUUACUGCUCCUAUAGAUGAUCAGGAUCAAUCACACUAUGCAGAAAGAGCAAGAGCAAUACAAGAUUUAUUGUCAAAGAAAUCAGAUUUGAAACCUGAUCACUCAUAUUAUUUAGAGAAACAAAUAUUUGCACCAGUUGAAAGAUUAUUGGAAAGAAUUGAAGGUAUUGAUAUGAUGAGAGUUGCAAAUGCUUUGGGUAUUGAUACAAGAAAAUAUGUGUUAAGAGUUAAAAAUGCAAUGGAUAAUGGUGAAAUAGUUCCUAUGGAAUCCAAUAUAACUGAUUCUGAAAGAUUUAGACAGUCAAGUUAUUUGGUCUUGAAAUGUAGAUGUAACCAUAGUUUUAGAUUUGGAGGUAUAUUAGCAUCAAAUGAUUAUAAAGUUACAUUUCAUGGUAUAACUUGUUUAAAGUGUGAUUAUACAUUUCCAUUAUUAAAAUUGGCAUCUCAAUUGGAAAAUUCAAUUAGAAAACAUAUUUCAUUAUAUUAUGCUGGCUGGUUAAUAUGCGAUGAUGCUUCAUGUGGUGUUAAAACAAGGCAAAUAUCAGUUUAUGGAAGAAGAUGUAUUGGAUUGUCAGGAAAAACAAUGGAUUGUAAAGGUGUAAUGAGAUAUAAUUACACUGAUAGAGCUUUAUAUAAUCAAUUAUCAUAUUUCCAUUCUAUUUUUGAUAUUGAAAAGACAAAGAAAAGACUAUUAAGACCGAUACAUGAUGCAUUGGAAGAUGCAAAAGAUUUACCAAAAUUAGCUCAAGGUCAAAUUGAUGCAUUGACAGAACAAAACAAAGAUUUAUUUGCAAGUUGUCAAGAAGUAAUUGAUAAGUAUUUAGCAGAAUGUGGUCGUCGUUAUGUUAAUAUGGGAUCAAUAUUUGAAUUUAUGAAUUGA